GCUGCGCUUUCCGGUCGUAUUUCGGUUACUCGUUUUCUCCCUCGUCCCUAUAAAUACUCUCUCUCUUUCUCGAUUUUUAUUUCAGAUCUGUUUUUCUUUUUUCCAUUUGUCUUCGGCUGCAGAAAACAGAGAGAGGGGAGAGAGAGAAAUCCAUGGCUACUGUAUCUCCUCUCGCUAAAUACAAGCUCGUCUUCUUGGGUGAUCAAUCCGUCGGCAAAACCAGCAUCAUCACCCGAUUCAUGUACGAUAAAUUCGAUACCACAUACCAGGCUACAAUAGGCAUUGAUUUCCUGUCAAAGACUAUGUACCUUGAAGAUCGGACAGUUCGUUUGCAGCUUUGGGAUACUGCUGGACAGGAGAGAUUUAGAAGUCUCAUUCCAAGCUACAUUAGAGAUUCUUCUGUUGCAGUAAUCGUUUAUGAUGUUGCCAACCGGCAAUCAUUUUUAAACACUUCCAAGUGGAUCGAGGAAGUACGCGCUGAACGUGGAAGUGAUGUCAUUAUCGUCCUAGUUGGUAACAAAACUGAUCUCGUGGACAAAAGGCAAGUUUCAAUAGAGGAAGGAGAUUCAAAGUCACGGGAAUUUGGUGUCAUGUUUAUAGAAACCAGUGCUAAAGGUGGAUUCAAUAUCAAGCCGCUGUUCCGUAAGAUAGCUGCUGCCUUACCGGGUAUGGAGACCCUCUCUUCAACAAAGCAGGAUGACAUGGUUGAUGUGAGCUUGAAGCCCCAAGUGGAUUCAUCACGUUCAGAGCAGCAAUCCGGAGGCUGUGCUUGCUAGAGUGAUGAAGGAGAUAAGGAGACUUUACUGUAGCUGUUCUAGAUGAGAAAUGGCAUUUGGCAGAUCCAAAGCGUGGGGGGUAAAUGGCUGACUGAUCUUCUGAGGCAUUGUUCUUGCGGCUUCUCAUAAUUUGAUUGUUGUGAUUACUGAUUAGGUUAUUCUUUUUAGGUUAUAUUAUGAAUCAUUCUACUCUUUCCUGUUAUCUGUUCUUCUGUUCUCACCAUCUCUUUUCUUGUUUAUCUUUUCUGUCAGUUUGAUGGUCAGUGCUACAUGCUUCUUCUUUUUAUUUUU